CGCCCCUGUCUCCCAGCCCGCCCAUGUGGCCGUGUCGCAGGCAGCCGGGGGCGCUCCACCCCAGCCACCUCAGCCCGCGGCCGCCGCCCCUCAGGGGGCCCCGCCACCGAACGUGGGGACGCUGGUCAACGGGAACCUUGGGCCGCUGCCCGAGAGCUGGGAGCAGGCCGUCACCCCCGAGGGAGAGGUCUACUUCAUCAACCACGACGACAAGUCCACGUCCUGGUUUGACCCCAGGCUCCCUCGACGCCUGCAGACACCAGCUUCGUUAAACGGCGUGCAGCCCCCACAGCACUCCCAAGCAACCUCCCAGAGUGCCAGUGGUGCAGCACCGACACAGCCAACGCAAGUGAGCCACCAGUUGCCUCCUCUUGCCUCCACCGUCAGCACUUCAGCAGCAGCACUUCUUUCCAGGCAUCAGACGCUACGGCUACAGCGCCUUCAGGUUGAGCACGAGAGACUGAGGCUUCGUCAGCAAGAGAUUAUCAAAAAAGAACAGUCAUUGCAAAUGAGUCUGCAAGAAGAAGCAAGACAGCAGCAGGUGGUAGUGAGCUGGUGCUGACCUCUGCUGGCCUGACUUUACCCUCGGCCCCGCAGACAGUGACUCCUGUGACCAGCGUGGUCACCACAGCUGCUGACACCUUCAUCACUACCACAGACAUCCACACGCGGCAGGAGUCAGCAGAUAGUGGACUAGGCCUGGGGACCAAUUACUCCCUCCCUCAUACUCCCGAGGAUUUCCUGGCAUCAAUGGAGGAUGUUGAGAUCACACCUGAUGUUGAGAUGAAGACCUCACCAGCGAACAAUAUCCUCGAGGCUCCUGAGUUGGAAUCCAUGGACUCUGAGGACCUUGUGCCGUCAAUACAGCUUAAUGAUGACCUGUCCACGGAUUUCUUAAACGACAUGUUGGAGCCCUCCAAAAUAGAUAAUCUCCAUACGUGGCUGUAAAUUAAGAAACAUAAUAUAUAAAAAUACGUAAAAGUAGCUCAUGCUUCAUUAGUGGUGAAAAGACUGAUGCCUGGGGACAAUUAGCAUUAAUUAAAUAUAGUCAGUUGGUUUCUUUGUUUCCUGGUGGCAUAGAAUGUACCUCUUAAAGCUGGAAUAGGCUAAAAGGUAUCUUAGUGUUGAUAGAAAGAAAAAAGUAUACCCCAUUUGGGCUUUUGUAUAUAAAAGGCUUGUAUGGGAAGUAAUACAAGAGAAAUGGCCAGGUUACAAAUUCCAAAAUUUAAUAUUUUCAGUACCUCACAGGUGUGUGGGUCAGUGUUGUGCAAGGAUGUUGAAGUGCUGAAAUCAUGUAGGUAGAAAAUAUUAGAAACAUGAAUGUUCAGUGAGUAAUGGUACAAUGAAAAGGCAGCCUUAAUGUAAGAGUGUGCAUGUGAAUUUGUGAUGGAUGCAGGAAGUACCAAAAAUUGGGCUGUGUUCUGCAACCCAAUUGCUCAUGAAUACCUGUGAGGGAAUAUUCGCCACAAAAAACCAGGCUGUGUGGGUUUCCUGCAUAGUUCCGAUACUAUGGGGAAAGCUGCGUGUGUGUGUGUGACGAAAUCCACAGAACAGUGAUAGGGGGAAGCUUCAGAGAUAGACUGUUUUGUGAGAGUCUUAGGCAAUGAUCCCCAUUCUGUAUGUGAUGGUUCAGUGCCUCUUGACUACCAAGUUAUACUCUGUUUCAGUGGAGAGUUCUCAAUGGUGGAAACCUCCCGAAUCGUAGGUUUAAGUUCCAUUUUGUGAAUACCUUUUUGUGGAUUCAUGACGUGCAUUUAGGACUCUUUUUAAUGUACUUGGAGGUCUAUCUCAUGCCUCUGUCCUCUCCAUAUAUAUAGCAAGUGAUUCACUACCAAUCUUACCGUCCAAUUCUGCCUUGAUCAAUGGAAUAUUGCCGGAAUUACUCUUGUUACAGAAUAACUAUAUUUAUUAAUGAUAGGUGAUAUUCAUGUAAAUAGUGUAUGAGGUUAUGUUCUUCUUUAAGAAUUACUCACUAUCUUGGCAUUAAAUAUUUUUAGAUGACAGAGGCAGCUGUUUAACCAAUAGAAACAAAAAUGUUGGUCCCAAAAUGAAUGGGAAUAUGAUGAUCAUUGUUUACAAUGCACUCAGUGCUCCUUUUUAAUUUUCGAGACCAUGGAGCAGUCUGGCUGUUAUGCUCCUUACAUCUGUGGCUACCCUAGUUCCUGUAGUGUGAAUAUGUAAAGCAAAGGCUUGUGACCAUGUAUAGCCACAUAUGUUAUCUUUACUGGGUUGAUAUUUUAAUAUGUUGACAGAGCCAACCCUGAAAAGUAUGGAUUUGAUGGUUAUAUGUUGUGACAAACGCAAACAAACGUAUUGCUCUUAUCACUUCUCCCCUCCCAGUGAUUGAUAUGACCUUGCCUGUAGAAGUACAUGAGAUCUCUGUUGCAACACAUAUGUUGUUAAUGAAGUUAUAGACGUCUCACUAAACAUAGUAAGAUGUUAGUAGAAGUUGUGUUGCCACUGAGAAAUAAGUUUGUGCUUUGAGUCUUUUAAGAAAAAAAAUCUUUUGAUUCUUGUUCUCUGAAAUUCAGUGCAUUGAUUGUUAUAUUCUUGAUAAGUAUUUUUGGUGCCUUAAAGAAAUAUUGUGCCUUGUGCAAAUGGCAGUAUGUGGUUGGUUAGUUGGAGCAGGAACUAAGGUGUUAGCCAGUCGAGUUUUCCAGCCUUAGUUAACCACACCGUUCAUGUACUUAAAACAAUGACCAUGGUUUAAACUAGGUCAAUCAGUCCUUAAACUAGCAUUCUUCAUAGUUCACCAAUCCCUAUUAUUAAUGUGACGUGGGUGGUCUCUGUAUCUAUUGCGCAGGCACCUCUGCCUUGCGAUUGUGCCAGUUGUUGCUAAAGGGAUGGUCUCCCAAAUGGAAAUGGGAUAAAUUUUUGUACUGAAAAUAUACCAUGUCCUCUCUGUAUCCCCCAUAGCCCUCUGGUCACGUCAUCAGUAUUUCUAAUCCCCCACAUCCAUCCGCAGUCUGCUCAAGUGAUUUAUUGGACGUCCCAAGUGCCUUUGUCUGCAGCUGUUUAGUGGCCGUUCAGCUCCUCCCUGGGUCAUUAAACUGGUCAAAGGUCGUGACCCAGGUCGUUAGAGGUCACUUUGGCAGCUCUCAUGCCACUGAUAAGUUGUGGCAUUAGGUUAAGGUUCAUGUUAUAUGUUAAGGAUGAGUAAACACCAAGAGUUUACCACACGCUUGGUGAUUGCUCCGGCUCCAGUAGACAUGAAUUUUUACUUAUAUCAGGAAAUGUACAUGUUCAUUUUUUUAUGUUCAUAGUAUGGUGUCUUUUGUGAUAUACAUCUAGCAUGCAAUGUUGUUUUUAGUUUUUGUCUUAUAGUGGCCAUAUUUGUUAGUUUUACAAUGAGUAGUUAGACACUCAGCGGCAAGGCUCUUGUUUUUCAAUCUUUUAAUGUGGUGAAGGGUUCCUAGUGUAGAUUAAAAGAAAAAAUAUCACAGCUACCAAUAUUAUAUUCAUAUCAAACUUUCUUAGAAGAAUAAUCCAAUGGUAAAGUUUUAUACUAAUAGAAUUAAGGUUAUAGCCCAAGUGUUGACUUGUCUUUUUUUACGGUUAAUUUGGGCUGCGUCCUUCCCAACCUUUCUUGCACAAGUUUGUGAAGCUCAGUUGCCCUACAUACCUUGAGUGAGCAAUGUAAGGAGUAUUUGCACUCCAUACAAGAUUGAUAGAGGGGACUGCCUGCCUUACCCUAGAAAACCUGGUUCAGUUUCACUAUAUUUUGACUGGGAAAUGAACCUGAACUGUAAGGCAAACCUCCUCUGAUCUUGACCACAGUUCUCGCUACAUUGCUUCAAUCAGAGGUCUUGUCUUUCCAUGAUCCUAGGGAUGCUGAUUUCACAGACUGACACUUAUCAAUGUUGCCUUGCUUUGUAAGGUCCUGUUGAAGUCCCAACAAUAAUUUUUCAUUGUACAGUCUAUAUGGGACUAAUAUGGGAAAUAACCAAUGUAAUGGGGAAAGGUAGCAAGCCUUGACAGCUGAAGCAUGCAAGAUUUUUAAAGGACAUUUCAAGCUGCUCACCCACUCCUUGUCUCGUCUUAUCAGCACACCGCCAUAUACAUCAACCCCCCUGGCUAGAAAUGGCUUUAAGAUAAUCUGCAUAGCAAUGCUGUAUUCUUGCUCCACCCCUCAACUAUGGUAUUAGCUUAUAGCUCACAGAUCACAAUGAAAUUUUUGCAGUUCAGGCAGAAAAAAGGAAAGUUAGCAUAGGGACAUUCACAUGAAAGAUGAACUUCGUGUGAACUAUAGGUUGGUUAUAAAUAUCCUGGGAUUGCCCUCAACUUAAACAUGCAGGUUGCUGCUAACAAAUAUGACUCCCAAGCUUAUUGAUAUCAGUAAGCGCAUGAUUUGCCAUAAUAAUGAUGGCAGAAGUGCCACAUCAAACAAUUUUCCCUUUUUUUGCCACAAUUGUGAAUACCGCCCAAGUGCUUAUGACGCAAGUGGGGGUGAUGGAAGGUCAUCCAAAACCCCAUGAAAUUAAGUGUAUGCUGAAGCAAUGUAAAUAAAUUUUAUCUUCAAAUAA